AUGACGGAUAUGGGCUUGAUGUCUUAUUUCCUUGGCAUCAAAGUUCUUCGAAAAGAUGAUGAAAUUUUCAUUUCUCAGAUGAAAUAUGCAAAUGAUAUUUUGAAAAAAUUUCAGAUGGAACAUUCAAAGCCAGUUCUUACUCCAGUCGAAGAGAAGUUCAAGUUGCUGGGAGAAGAUAAAGGAAGAACAGUAAAUCCUACAUAUUACAAAAUUUUGAUUGGAAGUCUAAGGUACUUAACUGCAACCAGACCAGAUAUUGUGUUUGGAGUUCGUUUGCUUAGCAGAUUUAUGGAGGAGCCUUGUACCAACCAUUUGCAAACGGCAAAAAGAAUUCUUCGAUAUAUCAAAGGUACUUUAAAUGAUGGAAUUUAUUAUCAGAAUACUAAUGAAAUAAACCUUGUUGGCUACACUAAUAGUGAUUGGGCCGAAGAUAUAGAAACAAGAAAAAGUAUUUCAGGGUUUGUAUUUCAUCUUGGUUCUAUUGUAAUUUCAUGGUCGUCAAAGAAAUAA